CAGAGCAAGAUUGCUAGCAGGAUGGAUAUAGAUAUAAACAUAAUCACAUCAUGGCAUAUUUGCCCAAUAAUCAGAGCUUAGUAAGUUAUAACUGGGCACGUUUCUAUAGUAGCUUUGAUAUAUGUGAACAUUAAGAUGUAAUUAAGUGUGCAGACCCAAUUCAGUGAUACCGAGAAACCUUUUCCACUGUUAAACCUACGAGGUGCUCGUUUAGAUGCAUUUCACAAGUAAAAAUUACAAAAUUUAAUCGAUCGUACACGCAUGUUUAAAAAAAAGCUUCUGCAUCUAAACCACACUGAGCCCCAGAAACCAAACUGACAAUUUACUCAGCGUGUUGUUGUCUGAUUGGCUCAGCGAAGUUUCGGGAUAGACGGAGUUCUGGGAUUUGUAGUUUUUACCGCGUUACGUCGCGGCCCAUUUGAAUAACGUAGCAGCGGUUGAAAAACUACAGCGCGGGAGGCGGGGCUUCGCGUGACGGGAUCUUUGUUUUGGAGGCGUGUACGACUCUAAGACAUGUGGCUGUAAGUGGCAGCUCAUUAGGUGAACUCUCCCUCCCUUUCCAAAGUUGGGUUUAUAUACAGCAGGUCUAGAAGGUGACUUGCCUCGGAUUCUGUCAGGAGAUGACAGCCGUUAAGACCAGGGGAAGUGCAGAACUUCGCUGUUAAACGAGGCUGGCAAAAGUUUUAAUAUGCCUGGAGACAGAUGGAGCCUGUGGAGGACAGCCUUUCUUGCCAUCAGCCUUUUUGGACUUUUGCAGUCAUGCCAGAUCACACAGGGCUUGACGGGCGUCUUGGACGACUGUUUCUGUGACAUCGAGAGCAUCGAUGUCUUCAACAACUUCAAGAUUUUUCCACUCAUGCAGAAGCUCAUUGAAAGAGAUUUCUUUAGAUAUUACCGGGUAAACCUCAAGCGGCCCUGUCCAUUCUGGCCUGAUGACAGCCACUGUGCCAUUAAGGACUGCCAAGUGGAACCCUGCCCAGAGAGCAAGGUACCAGUGGGGAUUAAAUCAGGCAACUAUAAUAAGUAUUCCCAGGCUGCGAACACUAUCAGAGACAUUAAGGAGUGUGAGCAGGCUCAUGAGCUGGGUGCCAUUAACAGCACACUGAGUAAUCAGAGUAAGGAGGCGUUUGAGGACUGGGCGCACCAUGACGACGCCCAGGAUCACUUCUGCGGGCUGGAUGCGCAGCACACAAACUCAGUCUUGCGUUGUUCUGUAGACGAGACCUCUCCUGAUGCUGAGUAUGUGGAUCUGCGGCUGAAUCCUGAACGCUACACCGGAUAUAAAGGGCCCUCCGCAUGGAGGGUGUGGAACAGCAUCUAUGAGGAGAACUGCUUCAAGCCAAGAUCAGUGUAUCGGCCUCUUAACCCCCUGGCCCCAGGUCGUGGUGAUGAUGAUGGUGAAGGCUUUUACAAAUGGCUGGAAGGGCUGUGUCUGGAGAAGAGAGUGUUUUACAAGCUCAUCUCUGGCCUCCACAGCAGCAUUAACAUCCACCUGUGUGCUGAAUACCUCCUGGAUGAAAGUUGGGGGAAGUCAAUCUGGGGGCCGAACGUUCACGAGUUCCGCCGCCGCUUCAGUUCAGCUGAGACUAAAGGAGAAGGAACCCGCUGGUUAAAGAACCUCUACUUCCUGUACCUGAUCGAGCUAAGAGCGCUGUCCAAGGUGGCUCCGUACUUCGAGCGUGCCUUCAUUAACCUGUACACAGGAAAUGCUCAGGAGGACUCGAUUACCAAGGAACUGCUGCUGCAGAUUUUUAAUGAGACCAAAGCUUUCCCCAUGCACUUUGAUGAGAGCUCCAUGUUUGCAGGCCACAAAAUGGAAGCCAGAAGACUGAAGGAGGAGUUCAGGCUCCAUUUUAAGAACAUUUCCCGCAUAAUGGACUGUGUGGGCUGCAGUAAAUGUCGACUGUGGGGAAAGUUACAGACCCAGGGGCUGGGCACGGCCCUGAAGAUCCUCUUCUCUGAGAAAGAAAUCAAGAACCUUCCAGAAAACAGUCCCUCCAAGGGCUUCCAGCUCACACGCCAGGAGAUUGUAGCUUUGCUCAAUGCCUUUGGGAGACUCUCCACCAGCAUUAAAGAGCUCCAUAACUUCAGGACCCUUUUGAAGGACCACAGGUAACACACAUCCAGGCCACCAGGUGGCGCCAGCCCAGAGGACACUGCAAUAGUCUUAUCUUCCUCAGAGUAAGGCCUCUAUCAGGGACUUCAGGAUUGAUAUCUGGCCAACAGAACCCUCCCCCACUGCUCCGCUCUACUGUCCAACUGGCUGUAAACCACUGCAAACAAGACUCAUGCUAGCUGUCAGCUUCUAACGUAGUAAGAAUAACAGCCAGCACUCAGAGCAUCCAUGAGCACACAGAUUUUUUCGGCUUUGUUUUUUACAGUGAUUUAUGGUUUUUAGCCCCUUUUCAACGCCCCCUCAAAAAAACACCUCUCAAUGCCUAUUUUUUUUAACAUAUAUAUAUAUAUAUAUAUAUAUGGUUAUAUUUUAAAACGUGUGCAUUUGCUGUACGCGUGCAGUGUGAGAGUGAGGGUAGGACCAUUACUCUUGCGUUUAUAAAUGUGGCAGUUUGUUAUUUACGUACUGUCAUGCUGAAGUAUUUACCUCUUUAACACAGAUACUUGGUAAUGAUACAGGAUAAAUUCUCAGUUCAUUUUAAGCGUUAUAAAUGUCGCGAGUGAGUUUAUGUUUUUGCAUCUGAGCAGAAAGCCUGUGACAGUGUUAUUCAGCAAAAUAGCUCAGUUUCCCUUUGAGCCAUUUGAUUUGAUUUGUGAAUUUUGAAUUUAACCUGUGAUUGAUGCAUAUUUCGCCAAUAAGCAGCAGGUCUGAAUCACAGAUUUGCAGUCCUUCUCACAAACAAUAUCAGUCAGUAGUUUGGACACACUACUCUUAAAUAGGUUGUGAUCUACAGACUUAUGCCUAAUUUCUUGAAAAGCUGUUCCUUAAACAAAUGUAAAUGCAGGUCAUGCCUGUCUAUGAAUUUAUUUCCCAGCUGAACAGUUUAAAUUAUUAUAUGUUAGUGAUAUUGGAACUGUGAAUCAGUGCAGAUUUCCAAAAUUCUUCAUGUACAUACCAGCCAGUGCUGAUGCCAGUACAUACAGUCAUAUGCAAAAGUUUGGGUACCCCUGGUCAAACGAAACCCAUAAAAUCUGGCCUAUGCAAAAGUUAUGGCACCUUUUAGAUGUUUAGUU